AUGUAAAUGCGGGAAUGCAAGAAGAAAGGCGACUUUAAAGUCAGAUUUUGUUGAUAUUUGCCAUCAAUCGCUAAGUGGCAGCAAGACAUCAUGGGAAAUUUUAAGGGCCAUGCAUUGCCUGGGAGCUUCUUCUUGAUCAGUGGUCUUUGGUGGGCAGGGAAGUACUCGCUCUGGUACGCCACCCGCAGGAACAAAAGUGCUGGUGCAGGCAGACUCACAACACGGGCAACACAGAGACGUGUGGAGAUUUUCGAAGGGGCCGUCAUGGUGUCUUUCUCUGUGAUUGGCAUGCUUGCGGAGCAGUUUGUGCCCGAUGGGCCUAAACUGCGUCUUUAUGACUACACCGAACAACACUGGGACCGGCUCAUGAACUGGCAACAUGCCACCAUGUACUUGUUCUUCUGCCUGGCUGGGAUUACCAUCCUCAUCGUGCACUCUACAGACUCCGCCCCCUUCGGCCUGGACCGUUUCCUUCUGGGCAUUGCCUUUUUCAAUGAAGGCUUCUUAUUCCUUUACCACCUCCAUGGCAGAGACAUGCUGGACGUCCACGUUCACCAGCUGCUGCUCUAUGCCACCUUUGGAGGGGCUUUGACCUGCAUGCUGGAGGUCUUUCACCGAGGAAACAUCCUCCUGGAGCUUCUACGAGGGACACUCAGUCUGUUACAGGGCAGCUGGUUCUGGCAGAUCGGUUUUGUGCUGUACCCUCCCAGUGGCCAACUCUGGGAUCUGAAAAACCACAACAACAUGAUGUUCAUCACCAUGUGUUACUGCUGGCACUUGGCCUUCGCCUUGCUCACUGUUGCCGUGGUCUACAGCACUGUGAUCUGUGUGGUACGGUCCAGGCUGAGGAGAAUGCCACCAAUGGAAAUGGGCUUACUGAAACCUAGAGAAAGGGAGGGGGAGUCAGAGGAUGAGAUCCUAUAAGAGUGUGUAUUGGUGUAUUAACCUUCUCUGCUCACUCAUCUAACCUCACAUGGAAAUGAUUCCUCUCAUUCCGUAGUACUGUCUAUCUCUUUCCCUUCAUCAUUCCAUUUCUUUUCCUCUC